GCUUGACAGUUCCUUUUUCGCUGAAAGCCACAUAGAAACAUGGCACCAUCUGCAAAACCCAAGCCAGACGCCAAGAAGGCUGACAAAGGGGGCACAUCGAAGGCCCCCGAGAAGCCCAAGAAGGAGGCCAAACCCGCCGCGCCUGCGAAAGUGGAGAAGAAAGUGACGGAGGAAAAGAAGACCAAGGAUGCGAAGGCGAAAGUUGCCACAGCGGCUAAGGUUGAGAAGGUGACGAAGCCAGCGGGAGCCGCCAAGGCUGGUGCUGAGCCAGUGAAGCCCGCCGCCACGAAGAAGGCCGCCGCACCGUCGAAGGAUCAACCCAAGGCGGAGGCGAAGGCCAAGGCGGAACCCAAGGCGGCUGCUAAGAAAGCCGCCCCAGCUGCUGCUGCCGCGCCCGCCGCCAAGAAGCCCACGCCACAGCCCAAGGAGGAGAAGAAGGCCGCCGAGCCCAAGAAGACCGAGGCACCCAAGAAGGCUGAGGCGCCCAAAGCGGCCGCUCCGGCCAAGGAGGACAAGCCCAAGGCCGCCGAGAAGCCCAAGACGGAGAAGCCCGCCGCCGCGAAGGCUGCCAAGCCCAAGAAGAAGAGCGUGGUGUCGGCCGCCGCCGCCGCCACCGGCAAGGCCGGCAAAGUGACGAAGAAACAGCUGCUGCGCGGCAAGGGGCUGAAGAAGAAGAAGGUGCAACUGCGCUACGGCAUCGACUGCACGAACAUCGUGGAGGACAGCAUCAUGGAUGUGGCGGACUUUGAGCGAUACUUGAUGGAGCGCUUCAAGGUGAAUGGCAAGGUGAACAAUUUGGGCACGAAUGUGACGAUGGAGCGGCAGAAGAUGAAGGUGUUCGUGAACUCGGAUAUUCACUUCUCCAAGAAGUACCUCAAGUACCUCACGAAGAAGUAUCUGAAGAAGAACAGCCUGCGCGACUGGAUCCGCGUGGUGUCCAAUGAGAAGGAGUCGUACGAGCUGCGCUACUUCCGGAUCAGUUCCAAUGAUGACGACGAGGAGGACAAUGAGUGAAGUCCUUCGCGUGCGUCUCGGCAAACUCUUGUCACUCGAAGUUGAGAGAAGGAAUAAAUUUGACUUGCGUGACUGGAA